AUGUCUAUUCCUUCAUCAUCACCAAAAUUAUUAGAAUUCUUUCCUUCUGUCUGCUUUUUCUUUUCUUUCUUUCUUUCAUUCUUUCACUACCUUUUCUCUUUCUCAAUAAACUCUCCUGAUUUUUUCCUCUACUUUUUCCUUUUUAAAUCUUAUGCUACUGCCUCUCUUCUUUCUCUUCUUUUUUCAACCCCUCUCCUCCCUUAUUUUGAACUUUUGAUCAUUUUAUUCCUAUUUCUUUCUUUUAUCAUUUCUGUUAUUUUGUCUCCUUUUUCGCUUCCCGUUAUUUUUGUCUCCUUUUUCGCUUCCCCAUUAUUUUUGUCUCCUUUUUCGCUUCCCGUUAUUUUUGUCUCCUUUUUUGCUUUCCCAUUAUUUUUGUCUCCUUUUUCGCUUCCCCAUUAUUUUUGUCUCCUUUUUCGCUUCCCGUUAUUUUUGUCUCCCUUUUCGCUUCCCUAUUUUUUUGUCUCCUUUUCGCUUCCCGUUAUUUUUUGUCUCCUUUUCGCUUCCCGUUAUUUUUUGUCUCCUUUUUCGCUUCCCGUUAUUUUUGUCUCCCUUUUCGCUUCCCGUUAUUUUUGUCUCCCUUUUCGCUUCCCGUUAUUUUUGUCUCCCUUUUCGCUUCCCGUUAUUUUUGUCUCCCUUUUCGCUUCCCGUUAUUUUUGUCUCCCUUUUUCGCUUCCCGUUAUUUUUUCUCCCCUUUCGCUUCCUAUUUGUUUUGUCUCCUUUUUGCUUCCCCGUUAUUUUGUCUCCCUUUUUGCUUCCCCAUUAUUUUGUCUCCCUUUUUGCUUCUCAGUUAUUUUGUUUCCCUUUUCGCUUCCCCGUUAUUUUGUUUCCCUUUUCGCUUUCCCGUCAUUUUUGUCUCUUUUCUUCGCUUCCUCGUUAAUUUUUGUUUCCCCAUUAUUUUUGUCUCCUUUUUUUUAUUUCCCCAUUAUUCUUAUCUCCCUUUUAUUCCUCUCUCACACAGACAAUAAGUUCCUCUCUCACACAGACAAUAAGUUCCUCUCUCACACAGACAAUAAGUUCCUCUCUCACACAGACAAUAAGUUCACACAGACAAUAAGUUCCUCUCUCACACAGACAAUAAGUUCCUCUCUCACACAGACAAUAAGUUCCUCUCUCACACAGACAAUAAGUUCCUCUCUCACAGACAAUUUCCUCUCUCCCACACAGACAAUAAGUUCCUCUCUCACACAGACAAUAAGUUCCUCUCUCACACAGACAAUAAGUUCCUCUCUCACACAGACAAUAAGUUCCUCUCUCACACAGACAAUAAGUUCCUCUCUCACACAGACAAUAAGUUCCUCUCUCACACAGACAAUAAGUUCCUCUCUCACACAGACAAUAAGUUCCUCUCUCACACAGACAAUAAGUUCCUCUCUCACACAGGAAUGA